AUGGGCCGUCUACUGAACUUCGUUCCCACUGUCGCGGCUCGCGCGGCUGAAUGGGUCCUCCGCCGUCUACCCCCUGAAUUGUUUUCCACAUCGCUGAUCGAAGACUACCCAGGUCAUAACAGCACGGUACAGCAAGCAUUAGAGAGCCUGGUGGUGUGGGAUUCGGUGUUCUUCCACCGCAUUGCACUCUGCGGUUACGAGUUCGAGCAGGCCUAUGCUUUUUUCCCGCUCCUGCCCUUGCUCAUGCGACUCCUCGCCACUGCCACUCCCUUUCGUUUGCUUCUCCCCAUUCUCGGAGCUCCAGCCACAUUUGCCCUUGUGGGACUGCUGCUCUCCAAUGCCACCUUUAUUGCUGCAGCAUACUGCCUUUUCAGGCUGACCGAAUGUGUUCUUUCUGACUCGCGCUUGGCCCUCCUCUCCUCCCUCUUCUUCUGCCCCACCCCCGCCUCCACUUUUUACUCUGCCAUCUAUUCCGAAAGCCUAUUCGCUCUGCUCUCCUUCGCUGCCAUGUGGCGCGUUGUGAGUGGCCGAUGGUUCUCGGCAUCCCUCCUAAUCGCCCUCUCAGCAGCAGUGCGCUCAAACGGCGUCCUGCAUGCAGGCUUCUUCCUCUUCUCACUGCUGCAGGUGCGCGCCUCUAGUGAGUCUGCAGGUAUGUUCCUCUUCUCAUCGCCCUCUCAGCAGCAGCUCACUCCAACGGCAUCCUGCACUCAGUCUUCUUCCUCUUUGCCACACUGCAGGUAUACUAUCAUCUCCUCUUUGCCUCCCUCCCUCUUUGCAUCGCUGCAGCUUGCAAGCGUGCACUCCCUCCCUCAUAAUCUCCCUCAACCCAAUACCGAACUGACUGGCUCUGCUCUUGCUCCCCUUCCUCUUCCUCCCUGCCUCCGCCUCUCCUUCAACCAGCAGUUCCCACAUCCAACCUCUGUUGCAGUGGCAGCAGCAGGGCCCUUCAUUCUCCCUCUCCUGCCAUUCCAGCUGCUGCAGCGGUUGAUCAAUGCUGUCAAGAAGCAAGGGAGUGAACCGAGAGAGCAGCACCCCCCUCACAAGUCAUCUGAGAAAAGGGCGGAGAGAAGAGUGGCAGCAACGGAACGGGCAGCAGACCGAAUCGGGCCGCUUCUGGAAAGGAAGCGGCAACUGUGCCGCAAGAGGCUCCUACCCAUCCUCCUCUCCACCGCCCUCUGCUGCCUCCUCUCCUUCUCCCUCCUCCUCUCCUUCCAAUUCUUCCCGUUCACUCAGUUCUGCCGCCCUGCUGCUAGCACCAGAACGUCCCCGGCCAGUGAAACGCCUCACGACAUCCCCCCCUGGUGCCUGGACUCCGUUCCUUACAUUUACGGCUAUGUUCAACGCAAGUACUGUUCUUCCGCCCUGCUGCUAGCACCAGAACGCCUCGAGACACCCCCUCCUGGUGCGUAA